CAACCAGUCACCGCCUCUCUGGAGACUCCUGCCUAUGGGAAAGAGGUUGACAUCACGCGCCAAUCGGCAUGGCUUUUAGAGAGAGCAGCUUACUUUUUGAAUCGGUUGUGGCGGCCGCCGGCAAGGAAUGGCGGUAUCUGUGAGAGAAGUCUGCGUUUGAAGAGGUGGAACUCCUAGGGCUUUUUUGAGAGUGGUAAGGACUCUGUGUGAGUGAGAGAGGUGCAAGUGGGCGAGCGGCUCCAGAGCCAAGGGCUCUUUUGCCUGCGGUCGACGUCCCCGCCCCUAGUGACCGCGAAUUCCGGAGCGCCCGGCUCAGGCUUCCCGGCUCCGGGAACUCCCUCGCCGCACCCCACCCCCAGCAGCCGGGCCCUGACGCGGAGUGGGAGCCCGAAGCCCCCAGUAUUGCUGGGCAUCUUCGCCCUCACCUGUUGGCUCUUUUGGACGGAAGAGUGUGGGUGAAGGGAGGGAGUUGGGAAAGGGAUUUUGGCAAGCCGCGCAGCCCUGUGGCUUUGGGGACCGGCACUCGCAGCCUUUGGGGGCUUAUCUCAGAGUGCGCCGUGGUUUUAUACUAGGAUUCAUCCUGGCUUCUUUGCGGGAAGUUUAGUUUUUCGUUUUUGCAAGAUAAAUCCAGGCCAUCCGCCCCUCGUCCUCCCCAGCCACCCGGCACAGAUGUGUCUAGCUUAGUGGUUAAAGGCGCAGCCUCUGGAUUCAGCCGGGCUUUGAAUACCUCUUUUACCACUUACUAACAGUUUGACUUAGGGGAAGUUGCUUAAUCUCUCUGUUCCUACGUUUCUUCAUCUAUACAUUGAAAAUAAUAAUAGUACCUGCCUCUUAGGAUUACUGUAGAGAUUAAAAGGUUUAGGGCAAUGUCUGCCACGUGUUAAGCGUUAAGUAAAUGUCAGUUGUUGAUAGUAAUGUUAAUAACACCACCAUUAUAUCUAGGAUUGCAUUUUAGUCCUUCACCUUGAAAGAUGAUUGCCUGAAAAGUAUUUAAGUAAAAGGAAACUUGAAUGUUUGUUUACAUGGCAAAUUUUAUCUCUGGGAUAAAAGGGGGCGUGUGUUAUCGUGUGUUUACUUAGAAGCUCCUUGGGUCUGUUCUUGGGUGAGAAGCCGUGUAGGUUUAUGAACACUGAUCCUGUUGUGCUUAUUUUAAAGGCUUCUGGAAUACAGUAAUUUGAAAAAAGCAUACAGUUUAAACUGUUACUUUGCCAAGACUCUGGAGGAAGGUAUUUGUAUAUUUUAUUAACCUGAAGAAGUAGGAAAGAGGAAAGUCUGACAUGUAACUCUGGUUAAAGCUGAUUUGGAAGAAUACAAAUCAUGGCUGAAAAUAGUGUAUUAACAUCCACUACUGGGAGGACUAGCUUGGCAGACUCUUCCAUUUUUGAUUGUAAAGUUACUGAGAUGUCCAAGGAAAACUUACUUAUUGGAUCUACUUCAUAUGUAGAAGAAGAGAUGCCUCAGAUUGAAACAAGAGUGAUAUUGGUUCAAGAAGCUGGAAAACAAGAAGAACUUAUAAAAGCCUUAAAGACUAUUAAAAUAAUGGAAGUCCCUGUUAUAAAGAUAAAAGAAAGUUGUCCUGGAAAAUCGGAUGAAAAAUUAAUAAAAAGUGUUAUUAAUAUGGACAUUAAAGUGGGCUUUGUAAAGAUGGAGUCAGUGGAAGAAUUUGAAGGUUUGGAUUCUCCAGAAUUUGAAAAUGUAUUUGUAGUCACGGACUUUCAGGAUUCUGUCUUUAAUGACCUCUACAAGGCUGAUUGUAGAGUUAUUGGACCACCAGUUGUAUUAAAUUGUUCACAAAAAGGAGAGCCUUUGCCAUUUUCAUGUCGCCCGUUGUAUUGUACAAGUAUGAUGAAUCUAGUACUAUGCUUUACUGGAUUUAGGAAAAAAGAAGAACUAGUCAGGUUGGUGACAUUGGUCCAUCACAUGGGUGGAGUUAUUCGAAAAGACUUUAAUUCAAAAGUUACACAUUUGGUGGCAAAUUGUACACAAGGAGAAAAAUUCAGGGUUGCUGUGAGUCUAGGUACUCCAAUUAUGAAGCCAGAAUGGAUUUAUAAAGCUUGGGAAAGGCGGAAUGAACAGGAUUUUUGUGCAGCAGUUGAUGACUUUAGAAAUGAAUUUAAAGUUCCUCCAUUUCAAGAUUGUAUUUUAAGUUUCCUGGGAUUUUCAGAUGAAGAGAAAACCAAUAUGGAAGAAAUGACUGAAAUGCAAGGAGGUAAAUAUUUACCACUUGGAGAUGAAAGAUGCACUCACCUUGUAGUUGAAGAGAAUAUAAUAAAAGAUCUUCCCUUUGAACCUUCAAAGAAACUUUAUGUUGUCAAGCAAGAGUGGUUCUGGGGAAGCAUUCAAAUGGAUGCCCGAGCUGGAGAAACUAUGUAUUUAUAUGAAAAGGCAAAUACUCCUGAGCUCAAGAAAUCAGUGUCAAUGCUUUCUCUAAAUACCCCUAACAGCAAUCGCAAACGACGUCGUUUAAAAGAAACACUUGCUCAGCUUUCAAGAGAGACAGACGUGUCACCAUUUCCUCCCCGUAAGCGCCCAUCAGCUGAGCAUUCCCUUUCCAUAGGGUCACUCCUAGAUAUCUCCAACACACCAGAGUCUAGCAUUAACUAUGGAGACACCCCAAAGUCUUGUACUAAGUCUUCUAAAAACUCCACUCCAGUUCCUUCAAAGCAGUCAGCAAGGUGGCAAGUUGCAAAAGAGCUUUAUCAAACUGAAAGUAAUUAUGUUAAUAUAUUGGCAACAAUUAUUCAGUUAUUUCAAAUACCAUUGGAAGAGGAAGGACAACGUGGUGGACCUAUCCUUGCACCAGAGGAGAUUAAGACUAUUUUUGGUAGCAUCCCAGAUAUCUUUGAUGUACACACUAAGAUAAAGGAUGAUCUUGAAGACCUUAUAGUUAAUUGGGAUGAGAGCAAAAGCAUUGGUGACAUUUUUCUGAAAUAUUCAAAAGAUUUGGUAAAAACCUACCCUCCCUUUGUAAACUUCUUUGAAAUGAGCAAGGAAACAAUUAUUAAAUGUGAAAAACAGAAACCAAGAUUUCAUGCUUUUCUCAAGAUAAACCAAGCAAAACCAGAAUGUGGACGGCAGAGCCUUGUUGAACUUCUUAUCCGACCAGUACAGAGGUUACCCAGUGUUGCAUUACUUUUAAAUGAUCUUAAGAAGCAUACAGCUGAUGAAAAUCCAGACAAAAGCACUUUAGAAAAAGCUAUUGGAUCACUAAAGGAAGUAAUGACGCAUAUUAAUGAGGAUAAGAGAAAAACAGAAGCUCAAAAGCAAAUUUUUGAUGUUGUUUAUGAAGUAGAUGGAUGCCCAGCUAAUCUUUUAUCUUCUCACCGAAGCUUAGUACAGCGGGUUGAAACAAUUUCUCUAGGUGAGCACCCCUGUGACAGAGGAGAACAAGUAACUCUCUUCCUCUUCAAUGAUUGCCUAGAGAUAGCAAGAAAACGGCACAAGGUUAUUGGCACUUUUAGGAGUCCUCAUGGCCAAACCCGACCCCCAGCUUCUCUUAAGCAUAUUCACCUAAUGCCUCUUUCUCAGAUUAAGAAGGUAUUGGACAUAAGAGAGACAGAAGAUUGCCAUAAUGCUUUUGCCUUGCUUGUGAGGCCACCAACGGAACAGGCAAAUGUGCUACUCAGUUUCCAGAUGACAUCAGAUGAACUUCCAAAAGAAAACUGGCUAAAGAUGCUGUGUCGACAUGUAGCUAACACCAUUUGUAAAGCAGAUGCUGAGAAUCUUAUUUAUACUGCUGAUCCAGAAUCCUUUGAAGUAAAUACAAAAGAUAUGGACAGUACAUUGAGUAGAGCAUCAAGAGCAAUAAAAAAGACUUCAAAAAAGGUUACAAGAGCAUUCUCUUUCUCCAAAACUCCAAAAAGAGCUCUUCGAAGGGCUCUUAUGACAUCCCACGGCUCAGUGGAGGGAAGAAGUCCUUCCAGCAAUGAUAAGCAUGUAAUGAGUCGUCUUUCUAGCACAUCAUCAUUAGCAAUUACCCAUUCUGUUUCCACAAGCAAUGUAAUUGGAUUUACUAAGCAUGUUCAUGUUCAGCGCCCAAACUCUACUGGUGGGCGCUCUCAGUACUCCUGGUUUCAAUCUGUACGUCAUUCUGCUUUCCUAGCUAGUUUUUCAGAGAUACUAGAAGGAAAUACUGAUUGUUCAAAUUUCAAAAAAGUUCCUUCCAAGUCAUCUUUGACAUUUGUGAAGAAUUAGGAGAUUUGCCAACCACUAAUGGAAACAAGCCUCAUGAAGUUUAAUGUCAGCUUAUUAGCUAUUUAAAAUUUGUAUUUGUGGGAAAAAAAAAGGAACAUAUUUUUUCUUCAAGGAAUCACUUAUUUGGUGGGUGGGAACGUUGGAAUUCACAAUAUUAUGACUGCUUUGAAUUAAUAACAAUU